GUCCUCUUUUCCUCCAAAGAGCCUCACCAUAUCCCUCCGCCUACUCUCUCUGCAAACAGAGAGACAACAACACUAAACACAAAAGCUAAACUUUGCUUUUUUUAGCAAAUGGCUCUUUCUCAAACAACUCUCUCUUCCAAGUCUCUUUAUGCCAAUGCCCACUCUCUGUCAUCCAACUCCCACCAACCAUCUUUCUCUCUUCUUCCCCCCAACUCCAAACCCAGAUAUGUGCAGCCAAUCACAGCCGUCCAUGCGGCCGAACCCACCAAAAACAAGGUUGCUGUGGUGGAAUCACCACCGGUCACCGUUUCGGGAUCUGGGAAAUGGACGCUAGAUAGCUGGAAGAGCAAGAAAGCAUUGCAGCUUCCGGAGUACCCGAAUAAGGAGCAAUUAGAUGCUGUUUUGAAAACUCUGGAAGCUUUUCCUCCCCUGGUUUUUGCUGGAGAAGCAAGAAAUUUGGAGGAGAAGCUUGGAGAAGCUGCCAUGGGAAAUGCUUUCUUGCUUCAGGGUGGUGACUGUGCUGAGAGUUUCAAGGAGUUCCAUGCCAAUAAUAUUAGAGACACUUUCAGGAUCUUGUUGCAGAUGGGUGCUGUGCUUAUGUUUGGUGGGCAAGUGCCAGUGAUUAAGGUUGGAAGAAUGGCGGGUCAAUUUGCAAAGCCAAGAUCAGAUCCAUUUGAGGAGAAAAACGGAGUGAAGUUGCCAAGUUACAAGGGAGACAACAUAAAUGGUGAUACUUUUGAUGAGAAAUCAAGAAUUCCAGAUCCUGAAAGGAUGAUUAGAGCUUACUGCCAAGCCGCAGCUACUCUUAAUCUUCUUAGAUCUUUUGCAACUGGAGGUUAUGCUGCAAUGCAGAGAGUUACUCAAUGGAACCUUGAUUUUGCUGAGAACAGUGAGCAGGGAGACAGGUACCACGAACUUGCUAACCGCGUCGAUGAGGCCUUAGGAUUCAUGGCCGCAGCAGGGCUGACAGUGGAUCAUCCUAUAAUGAAAUCAACUGACUUUUGGACUUCUCAUGAAUGCUUGCUUUUGCCUUAUGAACAAGCACUCACCAGACAAGAUUCCACUUCUGGUCUCUACUAUGACUGCUCUGCUCACAUGCUCUGGGUUGGGGAGCGUACUCGCCAGCUAGACGGCGCUCACGUCGAGUUCCUCAGAGGAAUCGCCAACCCUCUUGGUAUCAAGGUUAGCAACAAAAUGGAUCCAAAUGAGCUAGUAAAACUCGUUGAAAUUCUAAAUCCUAACAACAAGCCUGGAAGAAUUACAAUCAUUUGCAGAAUGGGAGCUGAAAACAUGAGAGUGAAACUUCCCCAUUUGGUCAGGGCAGUUCGCCGGUCUGGUCAAAUUGUGACCUGGGUUUGUGAUCCGAUGCACGGAAACACUAUUAAGGCACCAUGUGGGCUCAAAACACGUCCCUUCGAUGCAAUCAUGGCUGAGGUUCGUGCCUUCUUUGAUGUUCAUGAACAAGAAGGAAGCCACCCGGGCGGUAUUCAUCUAGAGAUGACCGGGCAGAACGUGACAGAGUGCAUUGGAGGAUCUCGAACGGUGACUUUUGAUGAUUUGAGCUCACGCUAUCACACACAUUGUGACCCAAGGUUGAAUGCAUCUCAAGCUCUUGAGCUGUCCUUUAUCAUUGCCGAACGCCUUAGAAAGAGAAGAAUUGGAACCCAACGUUUGCUUUCAAUGGGAGUUUAAAUCAAUCCAAACAUGUGCAAUUUGAUGUCCUUGGUGAUUGCAAACCUAUCUUUAUUAUUUUGGUAGUGAAUAAAAGGGUCUCUACCAAACCCUUGUGUUGCAGCAGCUACGCACCAUUCAUUGUUUCAUGAGCAACAAGAAAAAAUCCUGCAAUGUGCUCCAACUCAAAGCUGCAAAAUUAAGGUGUUGGUAAUCAACCCAGUUGAAUUUUAUAUUUUAUUCAGUAUGUGUACUUGAGUAUUUAUGUAAUAUGAACAAGUUAUUGUUUGAGAAAUUGAAGAAAUAAAGAAAAAGCCAGUAUCAUGUCAA